AUGGGAGUUAUCGAAGUCAUUAAUAAUUCCUCAACGGACAUUUAUGUCAGUGUUCAAGCAUCUGCCGAAGAUGCCAGUAAUGGGGCCAGCGACGGCUGGUACACUCUUAAAGCCCACGGAGGGAGUGACACCUGGAAUAAUAGGGCUCACUGGCGAGUUGUAUUUUUCACCAGAAGCUUGACUCCAGGGGCACUGGUCGAGACGGUUUUUGGUGUACCAGGAGAAACUGUGAACAUCUACUAG